CAGGAACUGGAGAGUAUGUACGAUUAUUUGGCUAAGGUAAUCCUUCUUGGGCCAAGCGGGGCUGGAAAGUCCUGUGUGUUACAUCGCUUUGUGAAGAAUGAAUGGAGAGUGCUGUCUUCGCAAACGAUCGGGGUGGAAUUCUCCUCCCGGAUAGUCAAAUUAGGCACCGGCUCCCGGCGAACAAGAAUCAAAUUCCAGCUAUGGGAUACGGCUGGAACGGAGAGGUUUCGAUCUGUCUCCAGAUCCUACUACCGAGGGGCUGCGGGGGCCAUCCUCAUUUAUGAUGUAUCCUCCCAGGCCUCAUUCACGUCCCUUCCGACAUUCCUAAUGGAUGCGCGUGCUCUCGCUUCUCCCAAUCUCACAGUCCUGCUCGCGGGGAACAAAGCAGAUCUUACCUCGGAUGCCAUGCAACAUAACUACAGCUUCGAUGAUAGCUCCCGGCCGCCUCCUACACCGUCUAGCACGUCCAGCAAGCAUUCUUCUUUCUUCCCAGACUCUACCGGCGGGUCUGUUCGUUCUACAGUGUUAUAUGAAGCAGGAACAAGGUUAACAGCGACAAACACUUUGCACGGUCGCGAAGUCAGCACUGAAAACGUGUCACGCUGGGCAGCCAAAUCCGGUAUCCCGGUAGCCGUCGAAAUUUCAGCCCUAACUGGCGAGGGUGUGGAAGAGUUGUUCAACCGGCUGGCCCGGAUAAUUCUCACAAAGAUUGAAUUAGGAGAGAUCGAUCCUGACGAUCCACAAAGUGGAAUCCAAUACGGGGAUGGUGGCUAUGGUCCCAGCGCCAGUGAUGGAUCUAGUAUUCGGAGUCGAACAACGCUCGAUGAUGGUUCUGUCCAGAUGCGUCGUCGGUACAACAGAGCCGAAGCCGAGAAUGGCCGAAGAGGUGGUUUGAGAGAAUGGGAAGAUGUGUUUAGGUUGAGCGACUCUCAUCGGAGGAAAGAUGGUAGAUGUUGCUGACCUGCUGCCUAUUAUCGUUGCGACUGUGCAGCUCGGAGCUCGAAUACAGUCUUCCUCAUUUGAUAUCACUAUAACGGAGAGUGGGCUGACACCGAUCGUACCCCUCGGUCACCGUCCAUUUUGUGAAAUCUCUGGAAAUAACAAUUGACUAGCUUGUGUCUCUGUCUCGUUCGGAAAAUAGUCUGAUCUCGCUCGGAACUUCUCUUUCCCAAUUCAAUCAGCACGAUACCCUAAUUGCAUUCUCUGGCUGUUCUUCGCAAACUAAACGACCCUGUGAUUAAAUGUCCUGUACUGAGUUGUCUUCCUGGCGUUCUUUGGCUUCAAACCCUAGCUCAAUCUUCAUUCAUUUUCUACAAUGCAAAUAACAUCUUGGUGGCCCACACCCGUUGCUACUUACCUCAAAAGCGACUGAACUUGAGUCUUAUG